AUGACGGACCAAACGAAAGAUUUCUCUCUCACUGGACUGUUCGGCGUGAAAGACUUGGAUGUGGUCAUAACAGGAGCAGGAACAGGAAUAGGUUUCUACAUGGCCAAAGGCUUUGCCGUGAACGGAGCGGUCACCCAUAUAGUGGGACGAAGGAAGGAGAAACUUGAAGAAGCCAAAGCGGCUAUUCUCGAGCUCCACCAGGAUGCGCGUGUUCAGAUUCAUGCCGCGGAUAUAUCAUCACGUUCCGAGGUAAACGCUCUAGCUUCAUCGCUAUCGAAAGUGGACGUAUUGAUCAACUGUGCAGGGAUCGUCUUACCUGAUGACCCAUGUACGCACCUUUCAGCUCUGCCUGAACUUCAAAAAGCACUCCUGUCCUCUCCUCCUGAAACUUGGUCAAACACAUUCUCGGUCAACGUAGAAAGUGUUUUUUACCUUUCAGCCUCGCUCUUACAUCUUCUUGCUGCUGCUCCUAAUGGAGGGAGAAUCAUAAACGUUUCUUCGAUCGGAUCCAUCAUGUCAGAUCCUAAUACACAUCAACCCGCUUAUCAAGCGUCGAAAGCUGCUGUCAAUCAUCUGACUCGACUUCUGGCUAGUAAAUUCAGAAACUGUGGUAUCACAGUUAAUGCUAUUUCUCCUGGUUACUUCCCUUCACAAAUGCAGAAUCCCGAUAAUCCGAAAAGCAUGUUAGCAAGAGCUAAAGAUCUAGUACCUCUAAAAAGAGGAGGAGAGGAGGAAGACGCAGCUGGAACAGCUAUUUGGUUGGCUAGUAGAGCUGGAAGUUAUGUGGACGGUCAAAUAAUCUCCUUAUCUGGGGGAAGAGAGUGGGCUUAG